AUGACGGAGUCGUCCUGGUUCAAGUUGAUCUACGGCGACUGGACGCUGAGGUCCCCGAGCGAGGGUCUGAAUGCUACUCAGAGGCGGAGCUACGCUACUAAGAAGGCUAUCAUGGCCACCUGCAGGACCUGGCGGCAACUCGGCCAGGAAUUCAUGUACAGAUUCCUCUUCAUCAACGACCCGACCAACCUCGUACGGUUGCGUCCACUUCUGGAUCGGUACCGCACUCUGGGAUGGUGGACGAAACGUCUGCACAUCACACGCUUCUACAGUGGUGGAUCAACGGCUACUGUUGGCGACCUCGAACGAUCACUGGUCUUCUUGCUCGUGGUCGCCGACGCUCUAUGCACGCACUGUCCACAUACUCUACGCACACUCCGCCUGAAUGUCCCGUCUUCCUCGCUGGCUAAAGUCAUUCUCAUGCUAGAUGCGCUACCCGCCCUGACCUCUCUGCAUCUCACAUUCGACGUCCCUACGCCCGAAGGCUUCCAACUCGACUUCUUCGAGCAGCUCAUGGGCUGGGAGCUCCCAGCGCUCCGCUCGCUCUCCCUCGACUUCCUCAGCUACCGCGAAGACCUCCCCGACAUCAUCGAGUUCCUCACCCUGCACGGCGCCGCCCUCACCUACCUCGACAUCAACUGCAUCCCCGUGCUCGACGUCCCGACGAUGCUCGACCUCUGCCCCGCGCUGCAGACGCUCGCCUUCAACUUCGACUGGCGGCUCGACAGCGCGGAGGGCGACCAGUGGGGCGUCGGCUCGCUCGUCCACCGGCCGCAUGCGCACCUCACCACGAUCGGCUGCCACUGGCUGCACCACGCGUUCGGCGUCGGCGACGCCGCGAAGUACGCCGCGGUCGACCCGCUCGUCACGCACAUCAUCCGCCGCAGGAACGACAUGAACUUCGCCGCGAUCGACAAGCAGAGCUUCCCGAAGCUCCAGCGCGUGCGCGUGCUCGACCGCAUGCUCCUCCGGGACCUCGAGGCGGCGGACGGCCCGAGCCCGGAGUGCUUCGAGCGCUGGGAGAGGUGGUGGAGCCAGUGCUCGUCGCAGGGCGUCAGGCUGGAGGACUGUACCGGCGCGUUGCUGGGCACGCUGCCGGAGGACGAGCCGGAGGAGGAAGAGAGCGAAGAGGAAGAUGAGGUCAGGGAGGACUUGCGGGACCUGAUCCGCCAGUGCAGAGAGAUGACCACCACUAGAGACACGCCAUAUCACGGGUACCCCCUUGUGCAGUCACUCACGUCGGGAUAG